UCCGCAGAUGUCUGCUGCUUCAUGGGCUUUGGUUGCGUCUGUUCCCCCAGCGCCACUGACUGUUGUCUACUGUCGUCAUCUCUCUAUUUCGGUUUCUGACCCGCUCUCGUUCUUUCUGAUACUCUGUCUCUCUGUCUCUUUUACUAUCAUGUGAAUCUACUUUGUGAAUUACGAGCCAUCACUAAAGCCUGGUCCGUCCUGAUUUGAGUGUCAUUCCACCAGAGGUCCGGAGCAAAGGCACAGGAUAACCACCCGCCAUUCCAAGGACUGGGUUCACUUAGUUGAGGUUGUAGGAACUUCUAUCGAUUCAGAUGUUUACCCCGCAUUUGAGUUCCAGCUCCCCACGAGUACGAUUAAAUUGGAUCCACAGUUUCUCCAUCAAGCAGAAAUAUGAAAGAAUGUGUAUUUCACGGCUACUUGAAGGCUGUACGGAUGUCCCACAAGGCUUGUGGUUCCAUCCCAACAUCACCGGAAUCGAGGCAGAGCAGCUCCUCUUAACACGGGGUGUUCAUGGCAGUUUCUUAGCCCGGCCGAGCAAAAGCAACCCAGGGGAUUUUACUCUCUCCGUUAGGCGGAACGAUGAGGUCACCCACAUUAAGAUCCAGAACUCCGGGGAUUACUAUGACCUGUAUGGAGGGGAGAAGUUUGCUACGCUGGCAGAGCUGGUCCAGUACUACACAGAGCAGCAGGACCUCCUCAGAGAAAGGAAUGGGGAUGUUAUCGAGCUCAAGUACCCACUCAACUGCAAGGACCCCACCUCUGAGAGGUGGUACCAUGGGCACCUCUCCGGACGCGACGCUGAGAAGCUGCUCAUGGAUAAAGGCAAGCCUGGCAGUUUCCUGGUCCGUGAGAGCCAGAGCAAACCGGGUGACUUUGUGCUCUCUGUUCUCACCAAUGAGGAGAAGCACGAGAAUGUGGACCGCAAGACAAAGGUUACCCAUGUCAUGAUUAGAUACCAGCAGGAUGGGAAAUAUGACGUAGGAGGAGGCGAGAGGUUUGACACCCUAACUGACUUGGUGGACCACUACAAGAAGAACCCCAUGGUGGAGAAGAGUGGGAUCGUUGUUCACCUCAAACAGCCCUUCAAUGCCACCAGAAUAAAUGCAGCCAAUAUUGAGAAUCGGGUAAAGGAGCUCACCAAAGUAGCAGACAACUCGGAGAAACCCAAACAAGGGUUCUGGGAAGAGUUUGAGGUGUUACAGCAGCAGGAGUGUAAGCUUCUCUAUCCCAGGAAGGAAGGACAGAGAGCAGAGAACAAAAGCAAAAACAGAUACAAGAACAUCCUCCCUUUUGACACCACGCGGGUGGAAAUCAGAGAAGCAGAUGCAGAUGUUCCUGGCUCAGACUACAUCAAUGCCAACUACAUCAGAAGUAUGCAUGAAGAAGGCCGUCAUGUGGAGGAGGGCAAGUUGUUCAUUGCUACGCAGGGUUGCCUUCAAAACACUGUGGUGGACUUCUGGAAGAUGGUGUAUCAGGAGAACACACACGUCAUUGUCAUGACCACCAAGGAGAUGGAGAGAGGGCGGAACAAGUGUGUACGCUACUGGCCUGACCUUAACGCCACUAAGGACUUUGGGAAAGUGAGUGUAAAGAACGUGGAGGAGCAUCCAGCUCAAGACUACAUCCUGAGGGAACUGGAGGUGACACGUUUAGACCGGCAGAGGGAGCCAGUGAGGUAUAUCUGGCAUUACCAGUACCUGAGCUGGCCUGACCAUGGUGUGCCCAACGAGCCCGGAGGUGUGCUCAGCUUCCUGGAGCAGGUCAACCGUACACAGAGCGCCAUUCCAGACACCGGGCCCAUUGUGGUCCACUGCAGUGCAGGAAUUGGGAGAACAGGCACAAUCAUUGUCAUUGAUAUUCUCAUUGACAUAAUCAACAGACAAGGAUUAGACUGUGACAUCGACAUCCCUAAGACUAUCCAGAGGGUUCGUCAGCAGCGAUCAGGCAUGGUGCAGACUGAAGCCCAAUAUAAGUUCAUAUAUAUGGCUGUCCAGCAGUACAUUGACACGGCACAAAAGAGACUUGAGGAGGAGCAGAAGAAUAAGACAAAGGAGAGGGAGUACUCCAAUAUCAAAUCCCCUCCAAUGACCAAUGACCGAUCAAAAACCAACAUGACCUCUGUGCCACGUUCCUCUGUAAGGUUGACAAACGACGACCCUUGUAACGUGUAUGAGAACUUGAACAUCAAGACCAACCCAAAGACCUCUGGGAGUUGUAGUAACACUAGGAGGUAAUGGCCAGACAUCGAUCUCUGCCUCUCUCAACCUCUCUUUUUAGCUGAGGUGCCACUUUCCCAGUGCCUGAACCAUGGGGGUCAUGUGGACCUCUGGCCCUGGACCCCCGGGCAGUGGACCCUGCCUCGGGUGAAGGUGGUGGUGCUGAUCCUUCUUAGUGUCUCUCCCUUCUGCUGCCAUGGCUGGCCGCCUGGAGCCUCCCCCUCUACUGUGACAGGGGUACAGCCCAACGCUCUUGACCUUCUGUCGCCACCAUUCUCUUGCCCUCACUAAGAUGUCUCCUUGGCUUCACAAACUCUUCAACCUCUCCUGUGUACCAACAAAGUGCCUGCCCCCCUGGUUUUUCACACAGCUAUUCCGUUUCAUCGCCCAAACCACCCAGCCACCAACUAACCCAAUAAGUCAAUUUCUGUAGACCCUCGAACUAAAUUGACAUAAGAAACAAACAGUGGUGUACUCUUCUGCAAUAUCAAUGUUCAAGUGAUUGGGGGGUUUUUCACUACAUGAUGUUUAACCAUAAACAAGCUGGACGGGACAUGAAAAAGUGAAGCCCCACGCCCCGCUGACUGUCAUCUAGAUGAACCAAUGAUUCUAGCAAUGUUCUGUUCUUGCUUACUUGCUUGCAGCGGUUAUUAGUGUGGUGUUGAUUGAUGGUGGUGUAAUUUGAAGUGAUUUGCUACCACAAGGCACUGGCGCAGAAAAGCUAACUCCUUGCGCAACCCUCUCCCAUCCUUCAUGAAAACGCUCCAUUUUCAAAGGCACAAGGAAGGUCAUGGUAUUUGCAUGGUAGGGCCUUUUUUGAGUGAGGAGCUGAUUUCAGGGUUGGAUGUGGACAUUUUCCAUGUUUGUGUACAGGGAAGUAUUGUCUCAAUAUAGUUUGAGAAGUUCUUGAUUUUCCCCAGUAGUCCUACCAAUAGUCUUUUGUGCCAAUAGAAGAUGUUUACCACCAUCACAGGUAACGAGAGCCUAUUCAAAGAUUUUAAGAUUAAUGAGCUCCUGUUCUGUAGCUGCUGGGGCCUGAGUUUUGUUCCUGUUUGUGAUUGUCUGAAAUGGCUGCGUGUAAUACUCCCAUAACCUUUUGACAAGGAGAGGGAGCUUGAAGUUCCAACUUACUCAUGCAGUUUAUUUUGUCAUAGUCCUUGUCUUAUCAGUUGAUUCUUGUUAUUAGUGGAGUCACUUUGUACAGGACAAUUUCAAUGUUUUAGCAAAUUGGGAAAACUCCAAAAGGUAUUAUCUCAGAAUGAAAUCAAAUUCCAAAUAAAAAAAUAUUUAAAGGGUUACACCUUUAAACCAGAUUCUGGUUUAUAUUCAGGUUUAUGGGUUUUAUCUCACCCAUUAUAACGAGGUUGCGAAAUCGAAUCCCCGAGCCGACUAGGUAAUAAAAUCUGAUGUUCUAUCCUGUCCUUGAGCAAGACAUUAAACUGUAAAUGCUCCUGGAAGGCUGUAAAACAUUUCUGAUCCCCUGGCUCUGACACCUCUCUCAGGGACUGUGGGAUAUGCAAAAGAACACACUUUUAAAUAUUACCUAAUUAUUAUUUUAUUAUAAUAUGCUUUCAAGUAUAAAAUCAGUGUGUAGAUUCUUACUAUAUUGGCAUCAUAAUAAAUUAUUUGCCUUUGAAUUGAAUGGCGUAACAAAGAAACAUGUUCAGUCCCACUGGAUCGCAGACAAGUUUCUCCUAACCCCUUCCAAAACAUGCUGUGUUUGACUUCUGGGUUGUUAGUUUGAGUGGGGUUUUUGAGAUAAGAGCGGAUCCCGAAUGGGUCCGGGGGCGGUUCUUCUCACAAAGACCCCUGAAGGGUUGGAAAACUAUUAUUGUCCAUUAAUGAUUAUUGGAGACUCUACCUAAUACGCACAGGUAUUCAGUUUUGUUCUACAGUUAGAUCAAAGCAGAUUUAGAAGGUAAGUUAGAAGGUUAGGAAGAUCAUAUAGAAGAUCAUAGGAAAUCCUGUCAAAUAGUGUCUUUAAUACUGUAUCACGCUCACAUAGCUGCUGUUACAAAUUCCACAUAGUUGUCACAGACUAGAUGGAUAUUCAAUUGAGAGGAUAACCAAAAAUGGGAGAGAAGUCAGGAAGUUCACUGACGUGGGCUGCCAUCCAUGAAGUCUUUAGUCAUUCAUUACUGAGCCAGAUGGGCCUACAGCCCAAGAUUAAAGAAUAGGUUUUGUCUCCAAAAAGUAAUCUACAAGAUGGCUAUAAUCCAGGAUUGACGAUGUUGGGAGAGUAAAAGCCGUCAUUGAUGAUGUCAUAUGAUGUAUCAUGGGUAGGGGUUUCUCUCUGGACAGACGUCCGGCUAACUCUCAUAUACAGGCAUGAAAAUGACAUUAAAUAUGUUCACACUGGAUUAACCCAGCGGCUCAAUGGUUUCUUCCUUUUGAACAACCCAGUUAUUUGGCUAUUCAGGGGCUGAUAUUUGUUAUCUGUUGUUUAUGUAGGGUUGUUCUUGUCCAUAGUGUUCAGGCUUUACAACUACGUCUCAUCCUAACGCCAAUGCAGUAACAUUCAUCAACACUGAAACUAUGUUGUUUCAGUAUUUCCUUUAAUCUGAUGUUUCUGAAAGUAUUAUUGGAUGACUUUUUUUUGUUGCUAUUGCAGUUGUUGAUGUAAUAUUCAUGCUAUAUUCUGAAAUCACUGGUAAAAUAACCUGUGUCACUGGAAGUUUCAGGUAUGUUUAAAUUAAGUGGUAUGCUUUUUUGAAGUGAACACGGAAAUUGUUUGUGAACCGAUCCCUUCAAUUGCCUCCCGAUCUCCCAAUCUUGUCCGUUGAAUUAAAAUGUCAUUUUUGGUUUCUGUUUUCUUAAUUAUGUUGCACUGUUAAUUAUGAUCAUUCUAAUGUUAAUUAUGGUUUUUAUUGUAUUUCACUCUGCCUGUAAGGGUCAAGAUUUUGUAUGAUUUGGUGAAACAUUUAGGUGUGAAUCCAACUUUAAUUUUCACUUAAUCAUGCAUUAAUGUCAGUUGGAAACUAAUAGAAAAUUUGACUGAAGUGGAAAUUACUAUGUGCCCAAACACCAAAUACUUGAAAUUCUAUUAAAAACUGCUAAAUGCUUUGGCUGUGGGCUCGUGAUCUGUAACUGUAAGGAUGUUCAUAGGCUAUUUAAAGAGCACAAUAUGUCUUGCUAUAAGUGACAUCAGUCUUGUGAGUUUUAUUUUAAAUUUUCUGAGGAGUUUCAAAUUGUAAAUAUCCUAUUGUCAUUUGAUGCAUUUUAUAUUUUAUUAGAAUUUCAUUAUUCUAAUUUUGUUUAUAUUUAAUAAUUAUUAUUAUUUUAAAUUGUAAGCUACAUUAAGCAGGUUGUUCUGGGAUGGAUACAGUAAUAAUAUCAGUAAUUUUAUUUCUGCUCCUUAAAUUUACUUGAAUAUUCAUGUCAACAUAUUUUUCAAAACUCCUUUUUCCUUUGUUGGUUACAAUAUGCUUGAUUUGAGUAGUGGUGUAUUGACUGAUCCUAUGUUCGGAUGAUGACUGUUUCCCUUCUUGCACUGGCUUAGCCCAAACCUUUUCUGUCCAGGCGUAUAGCAACGAUGCAAUGAGUUUGACUGGAUGGUAAAAUACUUAAUUUAAACAUUGAAUAAAAAACCAAUGAAGGAAUAACCAAACAUAAACCAUUUCUCUUUCCUGUCUCUGUGCUAUGGUAUUUUUUUUCUAGGCUCAUCUUAUAUUCUGUAAAAUGUGAUUUGUCCCUGAUGUCCAUGGACAGCACAGUCUUUUCAUAAUGGUAAAUAUUUAUUUAUUAUUGUCUUCUGCAAUUCACUAGACAUUUACUAGGUAAAAGUAAAAAUGCAAAAGCUGUUACCAUGCAUCUCAAAAACACAAUUCAGCAACAUAUUAUAACUGAACUAUUUGCCAAAAUAGAUCUCUACAUUUUAAACCCAUCCAAUAGGUUUUGUGAAAGAGGAUAGGAUCAUAUAAACAAGGAACUGCAAUUCAAAUUCUCCCACAUACUUCACCUUUGCUCUUCAUAAUAAACAUUUAUGUAGAAAUUCCCACAUACAGGAAGAACCACUCCUACUGGAAAUUCCACUCUCUAUGUCCACUCCUUAUUUUACAAAGAAGUAGUUAAUUAUAUUCCAAUUAGGUAAUAAAAAGCACAUGGUUAGUAAUAGUAGAUGUGUAUAGGGAAAUGAC